ACAACCAGUAUGCAAGAGAUAAAGGGUAAUCUUCAAACCUGUCAAGAACAGUCGUGUAACAAGUUUAAGCUGUUGUCCAGUCAAUUAGUAGAAUUAAUUCAAGCUUCUAGAUCUACACAACACCACCAUGGGAUCCAGGAAUUUUGGUACACCUGGGUUUAUACCAUAGGAAGUCAUAACCACUUGGGUCAGACAUUCACAGGAGAAACAUCUUAUACUUAUCAAAAACGCACUCCAAAGCUUGAUUUUUCUAGAUUUGAUGGGGAGAAUCUUCGUGGUAGGGUGCAGAAGAGUGAAAGGUAUUUUCAAAUCCACAACACAGACGAGAAUCAGAAGGCGAGUACAAAUAAUAUGGCUGGCAUUGUCGAGAAUGGAAUGGCGCACCUUGAAGCAUGAUAUCUGUGAGCAAAAGUGAAAACAUAUGUAUCAUUGGUUUAAAAAAAUCAAGGUAGCAUAGAACGGUG